AUGCAAGAACUAGACGUGCUAUUUACCAUGGGCUGCGCGCAAUCGACUAGUGCCCAGGACCCAUCGACCGAGGUCAACACUAUGAAGGUUCAGACCGACGAGACGGUGGCUACUGAGGAGACCAAGGCGGUGGUCGUCCAGGACGAGACCAAACCUAUUGAAGCCGCAGAAGAGCCCAAGACUGAAGAUGUCGUGAAGGACGAGUCGACGGUAGAGAAACUGACGGUCGAGGAGCUCGGGACGAGUGACGGGCAAGGGCGAAAGACUGAAGCGGUCGUGAAGGACGAGGAGCUCACGAUGGAGGAUUUCAAGGUCGAGGAGGUCGUGGUGGAGAAGGACGAAAUCAUUGACGGGCCUGUCAAAGGAGCGCGGUCAUAA